UAUUUGGGGUCCCCACAGGAAACAUUCACCUCUUCCUGUAUUGGUCGGUCCAACAAGCGGACCGACCGUCUGUCUGUCUUGCUAUUUCAAAGGUCACACUUGUCUUAGUAUGUUCAUCUCUUGAUCAUAAACAGAUGGACAGACAAAGUUAGAGCUAUUUUAAGGCAAUGACAGAUGAAGUUGGAGGGUACUAGCUGCGGUUAAUGUUGCCAAAGUACUUGUCCACUGUCAAGCUAUUAUGCUAGUCUGGACUCAAUUAUUCAGCCCAAUGUGACAUAGUUCGACCAAAAGUCAUUGUGAUUGAAACCGUAUCUUUCCAUAUGUCGUGUUUUUAAUGGGAAAAGUUAAGUGGCAUUCAUGUGUAUCACACAGUGCUUCAGGUUUGCAUGUGGCCUCGCCAGAAAAUUCAUUUCCACAAGGCUCAAUUGAAAAUAUUUUGGGCACCAUGUGUCUGUGUUUUAAAUAACUGCCUCUCUCGUGUAUCACUUCCUGCCGAAUGUCACAGAUGAUUUUCAGCUACGCCGUAACACGAAAGCUUCUGUUUGCCCAUCUGGAGUGGUGAACCUUAAGAGGUUCACUUCAUGGUGAACAAAACUUGAGGCUUGAAGACUUUUUCAGACAGCUGUAUGUAUGGUCUCACAGCAGCAUGGUGGUGGGUCCCUGCCCCCACUCCACGUUACAAUCUCCUACCUAACAAGAACAAUCUGUGCAGGCUCAGACAGACUUGGGGAAACCAAAGGGGGAGGAGGAAAGUGGAGAUGAAGACGGAGAGAGGAGGAGGGCGUCCUCUCAGAGUGGAACAAGAUCUUUCAGCAGACGGUCCUCCAGCCUCAGAGCCAGCCACCGCAGGCAUGGUCCUCUAGAGAGUCUCUUUUCUUUCUCAUCCUGAAAACCCAACCAGGGAAUGAUCUCGCACCGCAGCAGAGGAUCCAAAGGUGAAAUGAAGGUCACUGCGAUUCUUCGUCUGGCAGCUGUGUCAGCAUUUCUGACUGUUAGCUGGGCCACGCCUCUUCCUUUCUACAGUUUGCUGGAGGGAAGUUCAGAUGUGGAGGAGGUGUAUAACUCCACCUCACUGGUGACCACCAGCAGCGUCGCCCCUGUUUACUACAACACAACUGCUCCCCAAGUGGAGGCCGAUCAGCUGCGAGAUGUGGUGAACUUCCUGGAGGAGAACCUGCUCCUCAUCCUCGUCAUGAGCACGCUGGUCCUGCUGGUGCUGCUUAUCAUCUGCGGUGCUCUGUUCAUGAGUCGCAGGCGCAAAGUCAACGCCUACUACCCCUCGUCCUUUCCAGCCAAAAUGUACGUGGACCACAGGGACAAAACCGGAGGUGCCAAACCCUUUCAUGAGGUGCCAGUGAAGCCUGCUCCUGAGCGGGAAACGGAAGUCGUGGACUCUCAUAAGCAGCUGCAGGCCGAUAUCAUGAGAGCUGCCAAGAACUUGAGGACGCCAAAUAAAUCAGCUGCGGACGGAAAUGAGAGCAGUCUGGAGUUGGCAGACAAGCCAAGCAAAAGCAUCCCGAGCGAGAAGCAACCGGAUUUCCUCGAUGAGGAGCAACAGCUUUCUGAAGGCACAGGAGGAACUACGGUGACAUCUCAAGAGCAAGAACCCAAGCAGGAUACGGAGGGGAAUUUGGCUGGCAGAGGUCUGCGCCCGGCAUCUCUUCAUCUUCACACAUCCGACUCGGCAACUCUGCAGUUGAUGGCCGGAGAGAAAACAGCCUUCUGAGUCCAGUGAAGUGGUCAGUCCAACAGCAGACGGGCACAUUCACAGAACCAGAGGGCUAAAAUGAGAAUGACCAUUAAACAAAUCAUGUGAACUUUUCUUUCUUUCAGUUGAAUAAUGUGUACUGAAAUGUUUGUUUGAUCAACGUUGAGCAGUGUAAUUGUACACAGCAGUGUUCUGGAGGAAUGCAACGUGUUCUGGGAGGACAGAUUAUGAAAUGAUACUGAUGAUGGUACUGCAUCUAAAUACAAACUUCACUAGUUUUUUUGCUGCCGGAAUCCUCUAUCAUUCACAACACAGUCUCAGCUUAAGUGUGUUCCAUUUGUCCUGGCAACUCAGUUUCCCUCUGUGAAAUUCCACUUUGAAUGGCUGUUGUCCAAGUCUAGCAAUAUGAAAGGUUUGGGGCACAAAUCCAGAGCAGCUGUUUU